ACACUCUCAGCUGCUGGUGGGAGGCGCUUCUUGCAUGGACGCGGAAGCGACGCCGCCCCGACAAACGUAUCUUAUUUUUUAUCUAUGGCUUUCGCUUUGCGGCCGGGAAAUGACGAAAAAGAAGCAGCGUGUCCUCGUCGCCAUGGUGAACAGCUGAAGCCGUUGCCGUUGUACCAGCGCGGCUUAUUUUGAGGACCACUGGCGUGGGUCGUCGUCUCGCACCUCUAGGGGAACCUUGUCGCGCUCCUCCUCUAGGCCUACCGUCCAGAAACUUGCAGACGUCGUCGCGUCGCCAAACUCGUCACCACGUUACGACUACGGUACCGAUGAACGCGGCGUAGUGUCGUGCGUGCGCUACGUUCGCUGCACCGUCGGCAACGCCCGGAAUGGAUCUGAGAGUGGCCCGCUGAAACGGUGUCAAAGGGAGUUCCGCCCCUGAUCUUCUGCUGCCCGCCGUCAAACGGCCAGACGAUGUUGCUCCGAAGUCGCUGCAGCGGCGACAACUGCCGCUGCGAGAAGGCGCACGGGCACCAUCGAAGCAGCAAACGUCGAGCGUCACGAUCGCGCCAAACGGCCGACGUUGAUGACACAUCGCAGCGGUCCCAGGGCAAUGGAACCGUGAGCCAUUUGAGCAGCGGGCUGAGUGCGUUCACGUUUUCGCCUCCAGCAUUCUCAACACCUCUCAAACGUGGAGCUUCUCCGGGGACUGUUACCACAGGGACCGGCACCGAUCUGUCUGCUGACGUGUCCCUGCUGUACUCGGCAAGCAGCAAGACAUCGACAACACAGUCUCCAGGAAUACUCAGGUCUUCGGAUGCCACUGAGCUACAGGCGAAGCAGGUGCGGUUUGGGGGCGUCAUCCAGAACGGCAGUCCACGUCAAAGGCUGUACAGCGACACUGACGAUUCGGAGUGCGAAGUCAGCAGCUGGCGUUUUCUGCAAGGGGUCCCCAACGGCUUCUCUGAGGCGUCAGACUUGCUCAACCUCAAGCGAGGUCAAGAUUCAGUGAGGUCAAUCACGAGCAGCACCACAGUCACCACAACAGUCAGCUCUCUGACCGACAUGCCAGGGACAGAGUUGUACUCGGACAGUGAAGACGACGAGGAACUCUUAAGGCAGCGCAUCAGCAACACCACCAAAAGGAGUCGCUGGCCGCGUCCACGUUCUGUGUACAUUGUCAAUGCCGGGGACGGCGGGGCAUCGCCCACGUUGCCCAGAGCUGACCAACUGCGGCAGCACAGGGAAGCAUGGCUGGCGACUGCGGCAGGAGAGGAGGACGUUACCGUGGCAGCCACGCGAUACCAAGAGUCAUCGCUAGCGCGCACUGUUCGCAGUCUCUUCUUCAAUUUCUGGAAGUGUGUCUACGUGAUGGCAACAGGUGUGAUAGUCACGGACCUCUGGCUGCUUUCAAGGAUGACCCCGGAACGACGUAAACGCCUGGCCGUGUUGCUCUUUGCGCUAGUGAUGCUGCCGCUGUUGGCCUGGCUGCUGUACGAAGAGAGUGACAGAUCUUCCCUCCUGGCCUCGGUGCCGCCUAUGCUUGCAUCUGCAGGCAGCCAGAUCUAUGAGGUGACAGCAGGAGCGUCAAAGGCUGUGGGCGCCACCAUGGCUUCAUUCAGUUUCCCACCAGCCUGGCUGUCGUGGGGUUCGACCGGUGGUCUGUCUCCUCCUCCACCUCCGGCAGUGCCGGUGGAGUUGAAGAAGCAGCCGGCGGAGCACGAGCUGCUGUCAGACGAGCGCAUCGAGGCCCACGUGGAGAAGGCGCUGAAACGCUUGGCGCUGCAGUUUCCCACUAGCCAUCGGGAAGACGAAGGGGCCACCGCCAGGAGUCGCGAAGAAGUGGAACGACUCAAGCUUCAACUGGAGGCGCACAGAAUCACGGUGGAGCGCCUUGUACACAGGUUGGAGGACCGAAAGGAUUGCUGCCAGGAUGUGGCGGCACUGCUCGCCGGUCUCGACACCAAGAUCAUCGACAAGGUGCUCGAGGUGAUGAACGACACUUCAGCAACAGCACCUAGUAGCCGGCUGCAGCGGUGGCUAACCGAAGAGAUGGACCGACGGGAGGGCAGCUUCGGAGCCGACCUGGAUGCCCGUCUUCGCACUCGCCUGGACGAGCAUCGCAACAGCCUCCAUGCAGAGGUGGCAGCGGUCGCUCGCCAGGCUUCUGAAGCACGAGAGGCGGCACUGGAAGCACACAAGGUAGCGCAAGAAGCGGUGGAAGAAGCUCGACGUGUGCCCCAGGUCGUCGCACCAUUGACCACUGGCACGGCUGAUGUGAACGAAGUCACUCGGGUAGUGAAAGACAUGUUGGCGAAGUACGACGCAGACAAGACCGGUCUGCCAGACUACGCCUUGGAGAGCGCCGGUGGGAGUGUGGUCAACACGCGCUGCACCGACACCUACAGCGAGCGAGCACCCAAGUACUACAUGUUCGGCCUGCCCCUCUGGACUUUUUCCCGCACAGCGAGGGAAGCCAUAAUGCCCGGCAUGCACCCCGGGGAGUGCUGGGCCUUCCGGGGCUCCCAGGGACACCUGGUGGUGAAGCUUGCCCAGCGCAUCAGGGUGACGGCCUUCAGCGUCGAGCAUAUCCCCCGGUCACUGGUCAGCUCUGGCCACACCAGCAGUGCUCCAAAGGACUUCCAGAUGUGGGGUCUCGACUCUGAAACAGACUCGCCGGGUCGACUGCUGGGCAGCUAUGCGUAUGAUGCAGACGGUGACGCACUCCAGCACUUCAUUGUUCAGGAUCCCGAGGCAGCCGUGUACGAGUACGUGGAGAUGAAGAUACUGAGUAACCACGGCAACUUGGAGUACACAUGCCUGUACCGGGUGCGCAUCCACGGGGAACCUGUGUCGUGAGGUGCCGGCACCGGCACCCAAGCCGCAGGUGGCACCGAGCUUCACAUCCUUCGCUGACCGUGGUGCAGCGGUGCCUUCGAGAGUCUCUGCGCCGUUGUGUUCGUGGUGGUUGGCGGCGUUACUUUGCCUCUGACUAUCGUGUGCCACUCACCAGGCGAUGCGUGCAACGGUGCGUGACAUACUUAAUGUAAAAACAAAAGCAUUGGCGUGAAGCCCCGUGUGCCAUGCAGCAGCACUCGGUGCUCCCCUUCCUCACCAAGUGCCAUGCGUGUGAAAGCACCUGCCUCGCAGUCGACAGCGAGGGCCUCGGAGACUUGUGCCGUCGCGCUCCUGGCAGCAGCAGACGACGAACACUGUUGCGAGCUGCAAGCCCACUCUGCAGACGUACGCUGCAGUCUGGAACGCUGCCUGUCCCGCAGUGUUUCUUCUGGAACCGUCGCGUAGCUGUAAGCUGUGCAUGGCAUUUAGAAUUGACAAGACGUGCUAGCACUGGCCCCAAAUUUUUGUUGAUCUGACUGUAUCAUGUAGCACAAGUUGCACUGCGCAGCUUGAUGUUUUGCAGCUUGUUUUGUGUGGUGGGUGCGUGACUACUUUACCGUAAGCGAGGGGGGGGGUGUGAGCACUGUGGAGUCUUAUUGGGCAUUUAGCAGCUCUCGUCGAGUAUGGUGACACCGCUUUUGCACAAUUCCUCAGUGUUGCUAAGAAGUGACAAAUUUUCUUUCUUUCAAAAAUUUCUGUGUGCCCAUUUUUUUUUUUUUUUCUUCUACUUCUUCCAUUUUUAAAGCAAGUAUUUUUAAGUUCAAUCAUUUUUUACGUUCAAGCGUUUUUAAGUUUGUAUUUAAGUUCAUUACUGUGAACAGCCGAAGAUUUGUACAGAUGUUGGGCUAGGAGCCAGGUGUCAUGUGCCAUUUGCAACAGAAGGCGCACAAUACCCUUUUGAUGGAUGCAAGAGUCUUCGUACCCAUGGAAACCAGUGUGCCUGUUUUGUGGCCACUUCUGAGUGUGCAGGUGUGGGCAGGCUGUGGCGAACCUAAAAUGCAAAGCCUCUUUCCUUUUGUUUAGUUCAAGGCGCAUGGGCUUCUAUUUUUUACUUUCUUUUUACUUCCGGUAUGACAUAAUUACUGGGCUUAUUGGCAUCAACACUUUUUUCAACUGAAUAAGAACUCGGAGCUUGAUUUCUUUUCCAAAAUUAUACACGGCACUGCCUGUUGUUCAUUACUCUCUACUUUGAAAUUUUUAUGCUGGUAAGUGAGCAGAGAGCUGCUGUGACAGUUAUUUUAGGCAACUCUUUCCAUAUGCGUUUGUUAUGGUUGUGCUUUAACUGAAAGAUGUCUUCUCGAUUUUUAAAGCAUAGGUUUAAAAGCGAUGCCAUAUCUUGUUUUCCUGAAAGCCAGCACGCAGCCAAGCUAGGUUGUUGCUUAGGUGCACAAAGUUUGUCUGCGCUCACAAAGGUGACAUUUAAGAGUGCUUCUUGUGGCACGGAAUGCUUGAACAAGAAAUGUGGGCCUCUUGUUUGUGUGUUUGUUGGUGUGUUUGUUUGUAUCAUAACCUUUUGGGUGCAAGCUCUGAAACUGCCACAGCAGGUCACAGAACUGUUCACAUUAACCUGUGGUAUGUCAUUGGGCUGCCAGGAGGACAGCUGGAACAGCACACAGAGUUUUUUUUUUUUUUUUCUGUUUGUGUUCUGAAACAAACAGGCACGUUUUGCACAAAUCUUUGUACAUAUGAACUUUUUCUAGCUGUUAUGGCAUUGUCAUUUCUUCUUGCCUGGUGAGCCUCAAAACCCAAUCAAAAAAUAUAUUAGCUCUGUCAAGCACCAAGCCUAACUUUGCUGCUAUGCCUAACUAGGAAUAUCAAGCCAAAUUUUGCUGCUUACAUUCAUCGCUUGAUCAUUUUUAUGUGCAGCCAGCACAGAUUUGUUCAAGCAGCAAAAGUGGACAUGUCAAAUACAUUGUAAGAAGUUUAGGUGGGUAGAAUGGUUACAGCAGAAGCAAGAUGGCAACCAUAGCGUAUAAUUGAAACGCGGCAAGAUACACCGCCGAGUGUGAUGCUGUUAAGAAAGUGUCGCCUCGGCAACACCUCAACAGUUUUCAGACUCUCGCUUUGCCUGCAGCAUUACAUGUUGCAGGUGCAUUGCAUCGGCUACUGUUAGCUGCUUAACCGCUGCACCUGCCAAGGUAACUUCAUGACCUGCGCAACCACAUAGCAGGCAACAGAGAACAGUCACGCACAGUGUGACCUUUCAGAUUGGGAGAACAUUGAUCUCGGAGGCCAAGCUGCACGUGACUGCCUGCAAGCAAGUGCUUGGGUCACACUCGAAUUUCACAGAUACGAACCUUCAACAGGAGAACAUGUUGCACCUGUGGCCUGCAGAAGCGUUGCUUGCACACUGCAGAAUUGGUGUAAUUUUUGUGCUUCAGCAACAGAACGAGAGGUGCAAUCAAUCGUAAAGCUGGUCUGUUCGAAACAACCGCUGCAAAAUUGCGUACCUGCUCCAAACUAACUAACGGAGAACAAAUUCUUGGCUGCAGGGCAAAGAAAGCCGUCUCCAAAUUGACCAGAUGAAAUAAUCUUUAGCUUGCCUUGUGGGCACAAAUGCGGCCAAGUAGAUCCAGCAGCAGGUACUGAAUCUCGGUGGCCAUUCCCGACCUGGCUUUCUAUCAUCUCCAAGGCGUGGGUGCAUGCAAGAGGCAGUGGAAAGGGGAUCAAGUUUUCAUGGGCCUCGUGUUUUUAAAUAUGUGCACAAAUUUAGUAGUAUUGGUACAUGAAGAGACAGCCCUAAUGGGGAUCAAAGUGAAAAACCUUAGCUCCAUGUUUUGAAAGCAGUGGCAUUGGUUUCACUGAACAGGGCUGUUUUCUGUUUAGUGCAGCAGAUGCUUGUUAGCAUUCCAGUUACUCAUGUCGAGCUAGCUUUUUUUCAUAUUUGUGCUGGUCAAUUGAGUGGAAUUCUUGUACCUGUAAUUGGCCACACCAGUAGUAGUACCAACUAUGAAUAUCUUCUUUCUUUAAUUUAUUUAUUUAAAUAGCAGCCACGUGUAUGCUGCAGUGUUGUGCUCCCUAUUGAAGCUUCCAUACCAAAGUGCUGUCACUACGUCUAAAAAAUAGGGCUAAAAGCCCCAUUUUAAAGUGCCAUGAACUAGAAAAAUAAAAGUAAAAAAAAUCCUAUAUUCAGAGUGCCUGUAGCUUGGGUCAAUACUGGUGGUGCUAUGUGAGCUUGUUCUUUCUUACUAACAUUUGCGUAGAUUGUAUGACGCUGCCAUAUCGUUCAAGAUUCGGGAGGCCAUUGUUCCCUCAGCUUUGACCUACUGUGGCAUCAUUUUUGUGGCACCAUUGAGGCGCAGUAACUUUGCCAGUGCUAGAAACUUGUAUCAGUUAACUGUUCUUUGUUCUUUUAGGUACACCACACAGUCUAAAGAUGGCAGAUGCAUACAUAAAGAGCAUGAGCAGAGAACUUGAAACCAUUUAUUCACAGUUCAGUAUUUACGGAACCUUGAUUUUUGGAGAACUUUCCUCUCUUGGAACAGUCUCUUAAGAGUCUUAUGUUGUGUUGCGCACACGUUCUCUCGGGUGGCGUUCUUACUCAUUGUGACAUUUCUGUAAAGUAUAAACCCCCAUAUGCAAGAUGACAAGCGAAACGAGAACAAGGUGACAGUCGGAGCUGGCUCCGGCUUUCACCUUGUUCUCGUUUUGCUCGUCUUGAAUUUCCAUCUCCCGCCUUUCUCAUCUUUUCCCUAAACUCCGUGUAAGCGAUCUUGUGCACUACAGCGACGAGUAACACAAUGGAGGUAGCUGUAGCGUCCACUCGUUGCCUGCAAGUCGAGCCCCCAUGCGAGCGAUGACCUUGAGCGAUAUCUCGCUGGUAUGACGGCAGCGAAUAUGCGCCGGAAGGUUGAUUUUUUUUUUUUUUACUGUACAGAGCAGCAUAAAGUGUUUCCGAAGGUCUUGCCGUGGGCUCUUUUUGCUCGCACGUAUCAAAAUUCGGUCGUUUGCUCAUUUCGUGCCACAACCAGUGGUAUCACUGAUGCCCACCUUGUUCUAGCUGUGCUCUAUUGGCUAGUUGCUCACAACGCUUCCAGUCAAUGAGUGACGUGAACGACUGAUCUGGUUGCAUGACGGACCGUUUCGUCGCUCAAAGCCGUCUCACACAAAAUCACACAAAGUCAGGGUACAGUGGCCACAGGAAGAUUAGCGCAAGGGAUCAGAGUGACAAAAUUAUGCUGUGGUGUGUGGGAAUAGGCAGAUAGCGAGGGUGUUGCGAUUGUUCGACGUUUACAGUCUGGGGGGGGACGUUGGCACUUGUCUACAACGGUGUUCGAGCGAUCGUGAAUCGAUCAUGAUCUAUCCACCCCGUGCUUAUAUGCUGAACGACCACACCAUACCUGCCAGCUCUCGUGUAUUUUCCAAGUCGCUGUAAUCUAGAAAAUAGUGCUCUGCUUGUUGGUGUCUGCCGUUCCAAGUUGGCUGCUGCUGGUGUUUUGCAUCUAACGGUAAACCAUAUGUAUAUGUAUGUCCCACAGAAGCUGUGUACUUGGGGACAAAUGUUAAAUAUGCUACUAUUAUCACCCCCCCCCCCCCACCCCCCCAUGUUAUGUCUGCAUUAGUUUUACAAAUUCAAAAUUUCACAGGUUGGGUAGGUAUGUGCCAUUGUUGGCAAGCCGCAACUGUCUAUCAAGCUAUUCUCAAGUGCAACAAAAUGGAACAGCUUGGCACUCUUGCUGUCACCAUGUCUUCAAUAUAUCGCAAUUUUGCCGAUUAGAUUGACGGUCACUUGCAUGUGCUAAUCUAUUUCCGUUGCCACUUGUACUCGCAGUCAUUAUUUCGCGCCAAGUAGCCUUGCUUCUUGCCUUAUUUGAAAGUAGUGCAAAUUGCUCACUAAGAAAGCUGUCGGGCCACCUCUUUUGCGAGAUCGGGCCGUGGCGCGGUACUUAGGGCAUUCCGGCUUCUAGUGCGUGUGCACGUUUCAAGAUGUCACUUCUUCUGUUCUGCUUGUUCAUAACUUGUAUGCUAAUGCGUGUCUGGUGGGCAAGAAAGAUGCAUCGAACGUGUAUCGAAGUGAGAGUAUGAGAAAGUGCCUGUUCACUUUAGCAAAGAUAUGGUGUAUGUAUGUGUUUAAUGGGCAGAUAGCGUAAAGGAAACACUCAAAGCACUGACUUGCCGUCGAGUGGUUCCAGAAUUUCACUGAUGUGCCUCAUACAUUGUAUACCACUCCCCCUUCCUCCUCCACAUGCCUUUUUUUAACCCCUUUUUAAGCUGGCUUGAUCGAUGUGACCAUCAGAAAGAAAGUGCUAAAAAACAAGCAUACCUCAGGAGCCAGCAUCUCACCCAAAUACCUGCUACAUCACAAUAAUACUGUAGAAACAGUAAACACGUGUUAAAAUGAGUUUGCCACACACAAGAUGGUAUUGGUGGCCACAGAUUGGGCACGGUUCGCAUACCAAGAGUUUGCACAGCUUUAAUUUGCUGCAUCCACAAUUGUACAGCGAAGACAAAGACUAUUCAAAAUAAUAAUAGGGUUAGACCUGAUUAGAGUUGGGUGCCAAAAUUGGUGAAUAUAUCUGCAAAGUGUAUCAAAAAAGAACGUGGAAGCUAGAAGUAUUGGCAGUAGCCUGCGUAACUGCCGUUUGGUCAGGGAAAGAGAAAAUAUAUUCUUUCGCUUUUCACAGUAAUGGCUUACGUGGGAUAAAUUUAUAAAAUGGCGCUGUUUUUAAAGCAUGCCACACACCGAAUAGUCGAUUUUGUUCCUAUACCCAAAGUAUUUUGUAGACUAUGGUAAAACAAAUAAAAAAAUGUUCAGCUGCUGUCUGUAUAAUCCUAAAAUGCAAAAAAGGGCAGUACUGAAUUUCCAGCUCAUAUAAUUUAUUGGCAAACUGAAGGAAUUCAAUCAACUUCAGCAAGAAAACAAAGUUUUCAAUGUUAUGACAGGGGCAUGCAAUCACACUUCAAGUUGCGCAUAAGCUAUAUUUUAGGUAUGACAACAUAUUUGUAUUGCAUCUCUGCACUUUCUUUUUUUCUUAUUUCAGUCAUGUUACAUUUCCUCAGCUUGGUUCUCUAACAUAUACUUCUGAACGACAUUUUAACAGGUCGUGCCUCAUAUUCUGCUAGCAUUUAUGAUGCCAUGUUUAGAGUGUCAUGUUGAAUAGUAUGUGGUUCUCACGCACAUGUCAUCCUCGCAAUGAUACUCUCAUUUCCAAGCAUGCACGAUGGAUGUGUACUCGUGGCUUUAGCAUUGUAAGAAAGGCCGAGCUCAGGCAGGUGUGAAAGCUUGCGUUUUUAUAUGCUGGUGCGGCAUUUUAAGCUGUUAUACUCUGCCACGUCUGGUGUCUUGAACCUCAUUAAUGUAUGUACGUAAUGUGCACAAUCUCUGACUCUGCAAUACGCACAGCAUUACUUUAGAAUGCAUUGAGUGAAAUCACUCGGGCCAACUGAACCUAUGUGUAUGUGCAUGAGGUGGGAAAGUCAGUAUGAGUGCAUGUUAAGGCUUCCAUUAAUGGUACCAACAUUACCGAGGCUGGCCUUCUUUGCAUCUCGUUAGGUGGACCACACUUUCUUGCCAAGGUUGCUAUAAUUGUUCAGUCAGUGUUAGAACCAUCGCCACUACACAGUUCAAUCUGUGGGUUAGCACGCCUUCAUUGAGCAAAUUAAUUAUGGCUCGUGAUAUUGGCUCUUGGACGUUCUGUUUAGUUGAACGCCUGGAUUCCAACAUUGCUCUACGCAGUCUUAAUAUUUUCGGUUUGCAGCUAACGUAUUCAGUUGCUUAAUUUUCAUCAAAGGAAUAUAAAUGUUAAAGUGUGUGCUAGUACAUCUUAUAUCAACAGAUAAUUUUUUGUAUGCAAUACAUUUUGUACAAUUUCUUGCCCUCUGUACUGUUGCAGAAAUUAUCGAUUAGUAGCAGCUGGAAGCAAAGAAGGCUAACUAUCACUGCACAGUAAAUUUGUAACGGCAAAUUAGCUUCAAGAAAGCUGACACAAGAAGCCACCAGAAAGACAGCAUACAGGUCCUUGUAUUGGCCAUCAUUGUUAAAUUGGGGGCGGGGGGGUUAUUCUGUAAGUGUCCACCUAUACUCUGUCUCAGUAGUUCCUUGCAGCACUGUGGAAGCUUAUGCGAAUUCUUAACCAAUAGAAAGGACGAAUGCCCCUUGAGUUGCUCACCUGCACCACGUCGUCUGUUCAGCAUCUGCUUAUCAUCGUGUUGGCUCCAUGGUUGGUGGGUUGAUGAGAAAAUGUUUUGAUGCCAUAACCGUAAGCUCCGGUUACAUGGAUGCGACAGCGAGGCUUCACUUCAGCUGUACGCCUCCCCUGCAGUUAGGUUGCAGCCUCCUUAGCAAGUAGUAAGGGUGAACACCCUCAUAAAUGUUCACCUGCGGCACAGCGUCUGCUCGGCGUCUGCUCGGCGUCUGCUUGGAGUUUUCUCACUACCGUCAUCACUUAGCAUGCUAGAGUGGGGUAGUAAAUUAAUGGUGCAGUGAACAGUUAGGCCUUUAUAGCAUUCCGCAUCGUCAAAGCAUCACCAGUGUUAAUGGUGCAACGUCAUCUGCUAACUAGAAAUCAUACCAGUUGUACAGUUCGGCGCCAUCUCUGUAGUCCUAGUAGUGUGAAAACAAACAGCCAGUCACAGUAAUUACGGAAAAACACGCCUAAUGCUUUGACCUCAGCUUGAGAUGAGACUUAGCGACGACGGAUUUUGCCACUUGCUUCUUGCUGACAGUGUGGAGGGCCACUAACAAGCAUGAAUUCAGAUCGAAGUGGGUAGUCUGCGCUGUAAGGAUGCCGCUAUAUUGCUAUAGUUAAUCACGGUUAGGGUGGCUAUUGCGGUUACCGGCGAUAACUGCCACAGUAAUUCUCGGUAUACGACAGGUAUGCGCAUAGGCGAUAACAUGUUGCGUAUCGCUGUACCAUAUCAUGUAGCGAGCAAAAAUAACUCUCUAGUGCAGCCAAUAAUCUGCCGGUCAUGCCCAGGACUAUACACUGCCGCGCAAGGAUAUUGCCUGUGUACGCUUUGUACACAGGCAAUAUCCUCGUAGUGCUGCAAGGUAGCUGUGAGAUGUACAGUGGACCACUUCGUCUGUUGCCAAAGUGCCGAUUGGCUGAGGGCACCUGUCUCCUUCCGACGUGUACCCCUGCCGAGCCAACCAGAACUUCAGCAGCAGACAAAUUGGUCAUAUCCACUAGGUGGGCACUGACAGAAUAUCCCCCCCCCCUUCCCUGGUUUAAUCACCAUAGGGGCAGCGCAUUUUGGUGCCAAGAUAUCCUUCCAAUGAUCUUUUUGCAAAACUGCACGAUCUAGACAUCUGUCUUUGUGUUUAUGUGGCAUACUUAGCUUUUCUGUAAACGUGGGGAGUUUUCUGUUGUCAUGCAAAGGUCAACAAAGUUGUCAAAUCUACAAGAGUCGUCUGUUUAUCGGGGCUAGCAGAUGAGAAAUAGGAGUGCCUUCCAGUUGCCAGUUGUGUAUAGCGAGAAUCACCUGUGCGGCCUCUCUGGAUCUGUGGGUGUUGAAAGCGUAAAAUGAAAUUCAGAUAUGAAGUGUCUGCCACUGUAGCGGACCUCUUAAUUUGCAGUAGCCUUUUCUCGCAGUUAUGCUUUGUCUGUUCGGUGCUCCAUUUCAAGAUGCACUGUGGUCUUGUGACAUCAGGAACGAAGUGCUCAGUUUAGUACACAUUCUUUUUUUUUUUUUUUUCCAUGCAUGUACUGCAUAAUAGAACGGUUCUGGAAAUCUUAUCAGCUGCACUCACAACUUCGGUGCACUGUCUGUCCUAUCAUUUACUAUCAUUCAAAACAAGGCUAUAUGCUGCAUUGAUUGAGUGUAUCUCAUUUGAAGCAGAUGUCUUAUUUGAUUGAAGCACUGCAAGCUGCUGCAGUUUUCGAACGCACAUUUGAAAAAUUUUGCCCAGUGCCCAGAGAUUGCACUUUCAGUAGCAUAUAGUGCACAUAUCAGAGUAGGGUUUUGUGUGCGUGUGUCUGGGGGUCAUCGACAGCAAAAAAAAAAAAUGCCAUCAGCCCAAAGUGACAUGUUGCCGUUGUCAACUGUCGAGAGAAUGUCGCAGCAACAGUUCUCCGAGCAGCCUUUCUGAGAAGCAGAGACCAUUACAAUCGCAAGUGGCCUUACCAUUCUUAACUACCAGUUUCAGAGACACGCGCAGAGCUUGUGCAGUAGAAACUGCUGACGAAUGAAGGCAUCCAUACAGCUGUUUUAGAUAUUUUAAUAAUGAAGAAAAAGACUUUUAAAAAUAUACUGGUUCAUUUUCUUGAACUUGCACAUCUUGACACAAAUGCAGCAAGUUAGGCUGGAGCCAGAAUGUCUUGGAUUGUAAAUGCGAUAGUAACUCUAGUCAAUAUAUUAGUAGAGAGGUAGCAAGAGUCAUGGCAGCGUUAUCAAAAGGUAGCAUAGAGUGGACAGUGGAGUUAGAAAUGCAAAUGCAACGUUAAUGACUGUACUCAAGUGUUUCUUUCCUGCUUCCUUGUCUUGUGAUUUCUCUACAUCUUGUUCACGCUGCUCACGGCUUCCAAAGUGUAGUGCACGUUGCAAUCGAGGCAGUUGUCUGCCUCAAGCCAGUGCUUGUUCUCUUCUAUACUAACCCAGUUUAAAUGAUACACACAUAAAACAGCAGUUCUGUGAAUAGUUGUGCUUUGUCGAGUGCGUGUAGUAGUAGUGGGCAUCACUGAUGAUAGAGCACUGCCAUGGUUGUGUGAGCAAGUAUAAAACGAGUGCAACUUCUCCACAGCUGCGUGAAAGGUUGUAUUAAGACUCUCGCAUCGCAUAUUUUCGUGUCGUAGUUUCUGCACUGUUUUCUUGGAAAUUGCCUGCAUUAAGACAAACGUGAGCACUUGCAUGUAGCUACUAGCAUGUCCUUUUCAUUACUUGUGUAAUGUACCACCCUUCAGCCUUUCAGUAAUGUAUUGAGACAAUUGACUAGUUCUCUAGUGUCUUUUGAUGGAGUACAGGAGCGAAACGAACCUGUAGCACGCAAAGCAGCUCUCAUCUAACGAGGCUGCUGUUUUUCAUUUCGCAGCAGUGCCUGCCGCUUUGAAGGCUUGCAGCAUUGUCCAACAUCAAGCAAAUAAGAGUGACCGUAAUUUGGCAAUUGCCAACAAAAGAGGGUGAAACUUUUCUACAAGCAGAAGUGUGCAAUAGGCAAGUGUUUGGUUCAGUUGACAUGCGACAGGGUCAAACAUAAUUACACGCUGUGUCUUUUGUUAUAACGCCACACUUUUUUUAAAAAAGACGCUCGUAAUGAUGACAGUGUCCGACAGUAGCAGUAAAGUUAAUGCAUCUGCGAGGGACGACACGCAAGCCUUUUUUGUAUCUCUGCUUGACAAUGUUCAUAGCAUUGCUCUACAGAGGAAUAGCUAUGCAAACAUUCUCCGACCAGUGGACUAGUCAAAAAGUGAAGUGGUAUGAUUGGGCUUGCAGGCAGCAUGUGUCCAGGUGCUGUUCUCUCAAAAACAUGGUGACGUGGCAUAAUAUCCUUUAUUUUUAUCCCGACGGUCGGUUAUUGGGCACACCUUAAAAGUUUGUUCAGUGGUAGGCCAUCCAUGGCGCACAACUCCCAGAGAUGUUUUUCAGCACAGCGCGCACUAAUUAAAUUCUCUGGAAGGGAAUUUUGUUCAUCUCCAGUUUGCUUGGGCUUCCGUUGAUGCGUGCAUUAUACUCGCUUCAAAAUGUGUGCACCCUCUAGGGUGUAAUUUUGUACCGCAACGCUGUGUACCAGAUAGUACUGCCUUGUCAGGAACACUGCGAAUCCAUAGCUUACGAUAUAGGGGAGUACACACGGCCACAAAAUGUUAGGACCAUGAAAUCUGAGAGAAAGCUGGACAUCUCCGCAGCCUGGUAUUUGCAUUUUAGGCUUCCACUAGAAUACGCUAACAUUGUCGUAUACAGUUUUAGUGGCUACUGCUGCAGGCUGCUUGGCAGUUGAACAUUUUCUGAGAUCCCUUAGUCCGUAAACUUUUGUGGCUGGGUGUAUUUGGCACACAGUGCCAGAGGAAUGAAACACCAGCAAGAAUAAGGUAGUGUUAAGGGGGAAAACUUGCACCCUAAAGAGUGUUUGGAGUGUGACAUCUUUUAGGUGUAAAGGGGUGUUAUUCCUGGUUUGGAAUGGUAUAAUGGUUUAGUUAUACUUGGGUGAAGUACUCCAAAAGGUGUAAUACCUCAAUUUUAGCUUCUAAAGGGUUUAAUUUUAACUGGUCGCCUUGGGCUACUUUAAGAGAGGGUAUACACUGCCUUGCAUCAGCGUGCCUCUAGGUUUCUUUGUGUAAAACACACUACACUUCUGCUACAUGCAGCGUUUUUUAGCAAAAUGAUCUGCAUUACUUCUUUUUCAUGUUUUCCACUGUCUCUCAUAAAUGCCUUUCACAAUUUUGAGGAGUGACAAUCCAGUUUGUUUCGUCUGCUGUGAAUAGUUGUUACUUGAGAGUGGGUAAGGUGUGAGUUGUCAUAAAGCGUCCUAAUUUAUUUUAAGAUACAUCAAAAACACGCACAAGUGCUUGUAUGGUUGUUUUUUGUUGACCUGAUCUUUAUACUUUUCUUCAGCAGGAGUUAUUUCUUUAUUUGUGUGUGUGUGUCUGUGUGUGUGUCGUGCCGUUCUUUCUUAAUUUAAGCCGCAGUGCAAUUGCAGAGCCAUAACUGAUGUUGAUGUUGAAAGGAUUAAUAAAGAUUGUUUUUGCUGAUA